AUGUAUUAUGAAUUAGUGGCUAUUGCUCGUAUAGCAGAUCCUCUUAAAUCCAACUUUGAAGCAGUUAAAAUCGCCCUGACAGUGGGAAGAUUAAUUCUCAAUAACAGAGGAAUUAUAAGAGAUAUUACUUCAUUAGGUCCUCGUCCCUUACAUAAAAUCAUAUCAAAGGAACAAGAAAGACAUUAUCAAGGAUUUCAUUUCAUGAUGGGAUUUGAUAGUUCUCUGACAGUCCAACAGGAAUUAUUGCGUACCUUAAGAAGAGAUCCCAGAAUAUUACGCUGUUCCAUAAUUAAGCGUGAUAUAACUGAAAAAUUAUCUCCAGGUACUUCAUUUGAACAGGCAUUAAAUAGUUUACCAAAGGAAUCUUAA